AUGUUUCUUAAUACAGUUCGAGUGGAGGACGAGGAAGCGGAUGAGAGGAUCUGCUACCUGCUUGGGAAGAUGGAGGCUGCCCUGGCGACGAGACCUCCCACGGACAGCUCCACGUCCACGGCGCAGGAGUGCCUGAAGGAGUUGGAUGAGCUGCUGCCCUUCUCCAUGCCGGCCAAGGCCAAGGCCAAGGCGCUCCUUGCUUCUGCACAAUGCGAGCUCCUUCACCGAGCUGCCUGGCAAGAGGACAACAAAUCUGCCCACAUUAUUCGCUGGACUGGCCUCGACGCGGACAGCAUGGAGCAGAGGCUGAAGGACACGCAGAAGCUGUGCGAGACGGCUGCGAAAGACUUCCAGCUCUGGCUCGGCCAGGACUUCCUACUGAUCGAGGACCGCUUAGAGAAGGUCUACGCGCUCGUGAAGGACCAGCACGAGCUCUUGGCGAAGUACCGGCGCCAGAAGGCCGACUUGGGCAUUUUUUCGGAUCCAGCAGAAAAAACAUAA